AUGGAAUCUGAACAUCAAGAAAAGCUUCCAGAGGAGUUCCCGGCAAACUCUACAUUAGAUAACUCUCCUGCUCUCGCUAAGAAUUCUAGCCAAGCUCCAAGUCAAGCACCGUUGGGCCCAUCCACUACCCUCGAAACGCCCCCAGCGAAGCCUCCACGCCCUAUGUCAUCUCAACAACAGGCUCAAGCUACAUUGCAAGAAGCAUUUCCGUCUAUCGAUGGGGUGGUGGUACGUGCUGUGUUGGUGGCUUCUGGUGGUCAAAUAGAGCCUGCAUUUACGGCAUUACUAAGCAUGAGCGACCCUUCUGUUGUAGAAGAAGAUAUGCGUCCGCCACCUCAACCACCUCGCCCUCGCCCUAGUACUCAUUCACCACAAAGAGACUCAGACUAUAAUAUUACUCAACACACUGAACAUCCACGGCGCCAGGGUCCACAAGGUUUCGCCACCACUCCCUAUAUGACCUCCACUCCUCAGAACCAACUCGAGGCAGAUGAAAUAUAUGCCAGGCAGUUAGCCGAACAUUUCGGAGCAGGUAACAUAGGUUCUAGAAGAGGAGGUGGUAGUGUGGAUUACAACACUAGAAAUGUGGAAACUAGAAGAAGGCAACGCAUACCACUUCGAGAUGAGGACUUUGAUCCAAAUAAGGAAAGAUCAUUCAUUGAUGACGAGCUCCCGGUGAUUAAGGAAAAUAUCCUUAAAGGGUUUGCUGAGACACAAAAUAAGUUCAACUCAUGGAUCAUCGAUAUCAAAAAACGUCUGGACGGCGACUCGCCAGAGAACUCCCCUCCACCCUCUGCACGUAACAGCGCUCAGUAUGCGCGACCUGCGACCGGUAGACGUGGUUCUAGGGAUGGAGGGUACGAUGCUGACCCUAGGGUUCUGACUGAUGAUUUCACUCAUUUGCAUUUGAGGGACACUACUACUGAAGCACCGCAAUCAAGACGCCCUAAAGCAAACCCAGGUUUAUUCGAACCGUCUUCGGCUGAUAAAGCUAGUCGCAAGGUCUCCUUUGAAGAUCGUCCUACAAAUAUUUCUGACGAAGACCUAUAUCGCCCUGCCCCAAAUCCCCGCCCUUCAGCUGCUGUCUCACCUGUUAGGCAGCCAUCACCAGCUACAACUAGCAAGUGGGAACCCUUGAAGAGCGUAGAGCCAGCGCCUAUGGAUAGGGACCCGUUCUCCCUUGGUGAUAGUGAUGAUGAGCGAGAGAUUCCGUUGAAGAAACAAGAAACGGCCAAGCCGGUGUCCAUCACAGGACCGCAAGAAACAGGCAUUACUACGCCUAAAGUCCCUAAAUGA